AAAAAAAAAAAAAAUGAUAGUAUUAUUCCUUCGAGUUUUAUAUAUUAUUUAUCUUAUAAUGUGCGGAAUAACACACAUAAGAUUAUUCGCACUUUUGGAUUUGAUUGAAGUUGAAUCACCAGCAUAUAGUCAAAAGAAUAUAAAUAAAAUCAAUGAUGAUAGUUCUGUAUUAUACCUCUGUUUAGUUAUAGGAGCGAUAUGUUAUUCAGCUCACUCAUUUGUCAAAUUUGGAUGGAAGAGCACAAGACAGAACGGUGAUGAAAUAGGAGCUCAUUAUUUAAUACUAGCAAUUCUUUGGUCGUUUUAUUAUUUCGCUUUGGCAAUUAGGAUGGUAAUAUUUAACGCGGAACCAUUAGCAAAAUUUCCAUGGAAAUGUAACACGGCAAAGAAUCCAAUCAUUUCAAAUUUAUUAUUCACGUUAUGUAAAUUAAGACUUUUGGAUAUUAUGUUAGCUUUAUUAAAUCCGAUCAUACUAUUUUGGUUAGGUUGGGCUUGUUUAUUAGAUUGGGAUGAAAUUUGGUUUGAUUAUUUUGAAAAAUUAAAAUCAAAGUUAUUAAAUAAUAAUAACAAAGUUGAAUAUACUAGUAUAUAAUUGUAAUUUGAGACAAUAUGUAUAAAAUUAAUAAAAAUGAGGUUAAACUUGUUAACGUUUGGAA